GCUGCAGACUACUUUGGAUGGCGACGUUCCUACAAGGACUCGGACAACCCCAGACAGUCCGGUGGAGGCUCCUGCGCCGGCAGGGCUGAGUGCGAAGGAACGAGAAGUUCUGUCGGCGAUGCGAGACGCCAUGGUCCGCUUGGCGGAUCAGAAUAGCGAAUUGCUGUCUCAAAACGAGAUGUUGAGAGACCGGGUUUCCCGAUUGGAAGAUGAGCGCUCAACGAGUCAGGCUGCGUGGCAAUCGGCUGAGAGAGAUCGGGUAUAUUGGACACUGCCUGUGUUGGAUGACCCUUCUGCUCCGGAGGCGGCCACUAGAGCCGCGGACUGGCUUGAGCUUGUGCGACCUCUUAUGGCUGAUCUGUCUCAGGGCAGUGCCAGCUGGUGGCAGAGGGUAGAGUGGGAAGCAAGAUCAUUGUAUGCCAAGUGGACAGCCAUGAGUGCUAUUAAUCGGGGAUUGUUGAUUCCUACAAUGUCGUCUCAGCUUGCGGACAUUCGGUUCCAGAGAUUGGAGUCGAGGGCAUUCUCUAUGCUUCAAGCUGCCUUACCGAAGGCGGUAAAAGAUGAAUUGCUUGCUACUCGCACUCUUACAACUGUAUCCGCCAUUUUUGUGACCCUUAAGCUGUAUGCUCCUGGGGGUCUGGCUGAGAGAAAUGAGCUGUUGGACUCGUUGACAUCCUUAGGAGUGGCCAAGACAGCACAAGAUGCUGUGGCACAGAUCCGUAGAUGGAUCAUGCAGUCUGAGUGGGAAAUGAUUGCUGUGUCCGGGGCGAACGAGAAUAACAAAACCAAGUUGUCCAAAUUGGAUGCUGAGGUCCUUGAGGAGGCCCAGAAAUUGCUCAAGUCUCUGCGUAUUGCGUCCAUGAGUGUGCGAGAUGGUAGAGACUACUGGACGGAGGUGCAACUCAUGCACUUAGAACCGCUAGCCCUGAAGAAUGGGAUAAUGGAUGUGGCCGUUGUGAACUUGGAUGUCCUCUACGGGGGCAAUGUUCUGGAUGAAAGGGUUUAUGCUGCUGCCGCUGCUCUGUGCGGAACGGGAAAGGUGGAUGCGGUGAUCGGUGGGCCGCCCUGCUGUGCUAAUAGCAUUCUGCGUGAGAGGGGCUCCGGUUCAUGGCCUGAUGGCUCGGAUGGGGGGCCUAGACCUGUGCGUGGCAGAUCGGGACUUUUGAGGUUUGGGUUGCCUUCCAAUACAGAAGAAGAGCAAAAGAAAGUUGAUGAGCAUACCAUCCUGAUUUUUCGAUUUGUCACACUGCACCGUAUUGCGGACAGGUUCAAUCCCAAUGGAUCGUUGUGUGCCUUGGAGAACCCUGACGACCCCAUGAACUACCUCCCUGCGCAUAGGAAGCAUGACGAGAUUCCUAGUGUAUGGGCUUGGCCUGAGUUGUUGGGUAUCCUGAGUCCCUGCAAUGGCCCGCCUAAUUCGGAGAGCAGAGAAAUAACUCAAACCGCUGAUCCUGUUGAGUCACUCGAUCGGGAGUUCCAGACUCAAUGGUACCUGGCUCGAUUUGAUCAGGGCAUUCUAGGUCAUGUCAUCAGAAAGCCCUCUGCUGCCCUUACUAAUAGCUGGUAUCUGUAUCAGGAGCUUCAUGAACUGAGAGGCUCAGGAUACGGGGGAGCACUGACGACGACACCUCAGGACCUGGGAGAGCGGAUCAAGACCUCGGGAUACUGGGCCAAGUGGGCGCCUGGCCUUUGCUCCGCAGUAGGACGCGCCAUAGGUAAGUGGAUUGAAUCGACCAAGAGUCAGAGAGAAGAAGAACAGAGAGAGGGUAGGAUGAUGCUUCGUGCACUCACUCAGAGAGAGCGAGAGUUUCGGCGGCAGAAGCAUCAUGGGUCCAACACGUUCUGCCUCGCCAUGGACUUAGUUGGGUUCCUGAUCGCUUCAUUGACUGUUCCCCUCCCGGGGGUUUGGAGAGACAAGACGAUCAUGAUCGACCUGUUGGCGAUAACGCUCAUGAGAGUCAUGGACUUGAGGGGGAGCGCGCAGAAGAAGAAAGAGAGAGGGAAGAGGUUCGCUGUAGGAUGUGUGACGCUCUUAGAACCGCAGAUGGGCGAGACACUUGUGGUGACUGCGGGACGUGGCAAGGGCUAG